AUGUUGUCCUGUAUAGAACAGCCUCUAAACACUAGCAAGGAGGAUGUAGUCAGGGUGGUAUCCCUCCGAACAUGUGAGCAGUACUCGCGGCUGUCUUAUCAGGGUCUAUAAAGUGAGAAGGUUGUAUGGAUAAAAGUACCGAGCCCUAGACAAAUAGCCGAGCUUUUGGGGAACAGCUACCGCUAUUGACGAGAUGCGUUCGUGCCGGAUCAAGUCCUGGGUGAUCUGACUGAUCAGCCUAAAUGCGAUUCAUUUUUGCCAAAGUAACGUAAGUGACAUUUUUGGUGAAAAUCAUGUUUUUCCAUUAACGUAAGGCUUUUAUUGUUGAGAAGGUACUGCCAAAGUGUAGGAAGCCUAGAUUUUACCUUUAAACGUAACUUUAACACUAUUUCCAUCAUAGUAAAGCAAGCUAACGUUUUUUACCGCCAUAAUAACGUAAGUCCCGUGUUAGGUUCGUUCUACCAUCGACUAAUUAUUGAUUUUAGAUGAGUUAGCAGAAACUGAUGCAGAGGAUGACAAUGAAGAUGAAAGCUCCAAAACUUAAAAAAAUAUAUAUUUUUUACUAGUCAGAAUUUCAUAUUUUCUUUUGUAACGUUAUUUUGUGUUUUUUUUUAAUAAUAAAC